AUGACUAUACUAAAGCAGGCUCUGUUAGACACCAAUGAAAGGCCUUUCUCAUGUCACUGCGGUGCUUCAUUCACUCGUCGUGACCUCUUGCGCCGCCAUGAGCGCGUUUCGUGUCACUUGGAGCGGCGUAAUGAUUCACCGACAGAGCCUUUGAAUGGCACUGAUCAAUGCCUUAUGGACCAAGAUAAUCCACCGCGUGCAACUAGUGGUGGUGUACUCAUCAGCGCAGCAGAAGCUCAGCAAAAUAUCGAGAUCUUCCCUGAUCAAUCUCCUCAUUCUUUGGGCGCUAGCGCACACUUCGAAUCCUCUCUUCCGUGGGAACAGCCAUGGACCUUCUGUGCAUGGGUGUCCCACUAUCUUCCCUUCUCCCCAACUCUCCCUAACGUUACGCUCUCUGAUCGCUCCAGACUACUCUUAUCGCUGGGGCAGCUAGAUACAAUUACACCCCAUCCUACGUUGCCGUCAAGCAAUGCAUUGACUCGUUAUCUGGCUGGAUAUUUCACGGGGUUUUAUGCCCUUUACCCAUUCACCCAUCCCCCAACGUUCAAGCUGGAGUCAUGUUCACAAGAACUUUGCUUAGCUAUGAUGGCAGUGGGAGCACAAGACAGAUUUGAGACUACUGCAGCAAGAGAAUUGUUCAACUUUUCGAAGGCGUUGCUAUUUGAUCGCCAGAAAAACCGAACAAGGUCUGAAACAAGACAGUCUGUGCCUUCAUCCUGUAACGAAACCUCAUUGAAAUCACCGUUAAUCGACGAAGUGCGUUGCUUACUUUGCCUCGCGCAAUUCGCAACAUGGCAAAGUGACACCAGUAUGAAGACUGAAGCCUGCAUAUUACAAAGCUUACUUUCUCAGACCUUACAAUUGAGCGGCCUAAAAGAAAACAUGCAAAUGUUGGAACGUCCUGACUGGGAAAAAUGGGCCGAAGGAGAGUCAUCACGACGUACAAAAUUGUUGGCAUUUUGUUUCCUAGGACUCCAAAGCAUCACCUAUGAUACACCUCCCAGGCUUUGGUGCGAUGAAGUUAACUUAAAGCUUCCGUGCUCUUGUCCGGAAUGGACAGCGCCAGAUGCAGCUACCUGGAAUCUACUGCAACAAAAUACUCUACAUGAACAAGGGCUGUUUCAUGAUACUCUGGAAUCUUUGCUAUCCCCUGUCUAUCAACCGAAGCGCCACGGCUUCUCGCCUGUCGCCAAUUAUGUCUUAAUUCACGGAAUACUCCAAAAGAUUGUUUGCGCUCGACGCUGCAUCUCUGGCAUUCCAACAUUGGCUUCGUUUACUGGAUGCGAAGAUACUUUUGUCACCGCUUUGGAUAGAUGGACCUCCUGCUGGCAGCGAACACCAGAAUCAAACCUGGAACCUCUAGAUCCCAAUGGUCCCCUGCCUUUCACAUCUACCGCUCUUCUCAGUCUUGCCUAUGUCAGCAAUUGUUCUGACGGCUUUCGAUCUCAAAAGAUGUCUACUUGGGCACCCGCCGAGAUUGCUGAAGACCUUCGAACAUCUCUGUCUGUGGCUCGUAACUGGAACACCCUUUUAGCUGCUUAUCAUGCAACCAAUCUCCUUGCGACAUUGGUCAAAAUUGGGAUCCAAUAUUUCAAACACAACCAGGCAGUUCUUUGGAGUAUCGAGGCUACCCUUUGCGGCUUAGGCUCCUCUAUUUUCCUUGAGAAGUGGCUUCGUCGUGCACUAGACACGAUGGAAGAAACACCCUUGACAGACCAUGAAGUUCGGCUCUUUGACUGGAUCCAAGAGGUUGUUUACGAGGGGUUAUCAUCUCUUAAUGAUCCCACGUUGGACAAGAAUAUACGUCUCUCUCUGUUACCGGAUCAGAUUAUUGGUGUGUGGUCACAUAUAAUGCAGGGCAACUCCCCCUUAUCGUUCAUAAGAAUGAUAGGGGACGUCUUGGUCGAAUAUAGACAGACAUCGUCUAGGGGCCGGUGA